AUGCUAGACUCCUUCUCGGCAUACUUGCCCUCGCCACCAUUUUUGAUUCCUCUCCAUCGGGUUCUCUUAUGUUUUGCAGGGGUUCACUCGACCAAAUUCACAUUCACAAAUAACUGUCCUUACACUAUUUGGCCCGGAACCCUCACUGGUGGUGGCGGCGCUCAAUUAUCUUCAACUGGGUUCGAGUUAGCAUCCAAAGCCUCAUCGACCCUCAAUGUGCCGGCCCCGUGGUCCGGCCGAUUUUGGGCGCGGUCUUUUUGCUCCACGGAUUCCAAUGGAAAGUUCACCUGUCAGACUGCCGAAUGCGGCUCCGGUCAGAUAGGUUGCAAUGGUGCCGGUGCAAUCCCUCCGGCAACCCUAGUAGAAUUAACUCUAGCAGCCAACAAUGGACAAGAUUUUUACGACGUUAGCCUUGUGGACGGAUUCAACUUACCGGUUUCCAUCACCCCACAAGGUGGAUCCGGCAAGUGUAGCGCCACGGCAUGUCCGGUUGAUGUCAAUGCCAACUGUCCGUCGGAACUCGCCGUUAAAAAUUCAAAUGGCGCCACAAUUAGUUGCAAGAGUGCAUGUGUAGCAUUCAAUCAGCCACAGUAUUGUUGCACCGGGGCCUUUGGCUCACCGCAGUCCUGUCCACCAACUGGCUACUCAAUGUACUUUAAAGGGAAGUGUCCAUUGGCAUAUAGUUAUGCCUUUGAUGACAAAACUAGCACUUUUACUUGCUCUGGUGGACCUAACUAUGCUAUCACAUUCUGUCCAUGA